AAAAAACUUUUAGCAUUACUAAAAACAAUCAAAAAAACAGAAACUAGAGUUGCCGCCAUUUUAUCUGAUUCGAAAUCAGAGAAGUGAAAAUCAAAUCAAAUCAAAUCGGAGAAGAGAAACAUUUUCAUUUUCUCUCAGGAUCAAUCAGCCAGUUUUGAAUCACGAGCGCUUUUUAAAUAUCACAAUCAGAAUUUAGUUAUUUUUCAGGAGCGAUUGAUUAAGAAGCAUUGGGGCGUCACAAUUUGCAGAUAUAUCCAGAUAUACAUAUUAUGUAAUCAAGGCUGUUGAAAUGAGAUGCAACGCGUGUUGGCGUGAACUAGAAGGACGGGCUAUUUCCACUACUUGUGGUCACCUAUUGUGCACUGAAGAUGCCGGCAAGAUCCUUAAUAAUGAUGCAGCUUGUCCAAUUUGUGAUCAGGUGCUCUCUAAGAGCCUUAUGAAACCCGUGGACAUCAAUCCAAAUGAUGAAUGGGUUAAUAUGGCCAUGGCUGGGGUAUCUCCUCAAAUAUUGAUGAAGAGUGCAUACAGAAGUGUGAUGUUUUACAUUGGGCAAAAGGAACUGGAGAUGCAAUACAAGAUGAACAGAAUCGUAGCUCAGUGUCGGCAAAAAUGUGAGGUCAUGCAAGAAAAGUUUACAGAAAAGUUGGAGCAGGUGCAUACAGCAUAUCAGAAAAUGACCAAGAGGUGUCAGCUGAUGGAACAGGAGAUGGAGAGUUUGUCCAAGGAUAAGCAAGAGCUCCAAGAAAAGUUUUCUGAGAAAUCCAGGCAGAAGAGAAAGCUUGACGAAAUGUACGAUCAACUGAGGAGUGAGUACGAAUCAGUUAAAAGAUCAGCGAUCCAACCUGCCAACAAUUUCUUUUCAAGAAACGAUGAGCCUGAUUUUUUCUCGAAUCCAGCAACUAAUUUGAUGGGUAACAGAGAUCCUGUCCGAAAAGAUUGGUCGGUUUUGAAUCCUCCAACUCCAGGGCCUAAGGAAGAUAUAUGGCCAGCAAGACAGAACAGUUCUAAUUCCGGUCCAUUCGAUAUAUCUGGCGGUUCACCAGCAAAACAAACAGCUAUACCUGUGGAUGUUGGAAACAGAAGAACAGGAGCUCCUCAUGCUUUUGGAGGCGGAGGUGGCAACUCGUCGAUGACAUUAAGGAAUUUGAUUCUCUCCCCGAUAAAGCGACCACAGUUAUCUCGAAACCGUCCUCAGAUGUUUACGUAAGCUAUGAGCUUCUGGUUGAUGCUUGGCAGUUUGAUGGACAAGUAAUUCUCUUUGGUGUCUAUAUUUACAGUGUGUUAAAUGAGUAGAGGUUAGACAUUAGAGAAUUGGUGAAAUUCAUUUUACUAUUUGGGUAUAGGUAAUGUACAAAUGAAAACAAGGAAAAGAAACCUUUUUUACAAUUGCUUGAAAAUUGCGUAAAUACGUUAUCAUAGUGACUAA